AUGUAUAGUCAAGUUAAUAAUUUUCAUAAUUCAAAUUGUAAUUUUAAUGAAUCAAUUUUUUUCAAUGCAAAUAAACCACAAGAAAUAUGUGCAAGUAUAUGGUUAGGUCCAUAUAAUUCCCUUCUUAAUGAGUUUGAUAAUUCUAGUUUUUUAAAUGAUCAAAAUAUAAAAAUUAUAAUAAAUUGCGGAAAUACCGUUAAAUUUAUAAAUUUAAUUGAAUCUAAUGAAAUGAAUAUUCAAUUAAGUUCAGAUAUAAUUAUACUUAAUUUAGAUCCAUCAUUUGAUAUUAAUGAAUCAACAAAUCAAGCUUUAAUAUCAAGUUUUAAUUCCAAAUUUAACAAAAUUUUACAAAAUUAUUUAUCAUUUUUUUAUUUAAAUAAUCCACAAUCAUCAAAUUUAAUACAUAAAUUACCACCAAAAUGUAGUAUGAAUAUAGAUAGUCCAAUAUUAUAUGGAAGUAAUUUAAAAUUACAAUUUUUUAAAUUAAUUCGAUUAAUUUCAUUAUUUAAAUUAAUUAAUGAUAAGAUUCAAAUCUUAGUUAUUUCAGAAGAUGGAAAUUUAAAUUUAUCCACAGGUUUAAUUAUUGCAUUUUUAAUGGAUAUUUAUAAAUAUAAUAUUGAAAAUUCAUUUAAAUUAAUUAAACUGAGAAGACCAUGUAUAAAUGAUUUAAAAUUAAAUUAUUAUGAUGAUUUAUUAAUUAUUGAAAAUUUGAAAAAAUUUUAUGUGGAAAAUAUUGAAAUUAAGCUGAAGAAUCCAAAUUAUUUAAAAACUAAAGGAUUUCUUAAAAGAUCAAUGAAUGAUGAUGAUCAUGAACAUGAACAACAACAACAACAACAACAGCAGCAGCAGCAAGCUAAACAAUCAUUAAUUGAUGAAAUAUUAGUUGGUGGUGAUCGAAAAAGAAGAUUAAAUUGA